AUGCUCGCCGAUCUUUGGGUAGUCAUGCGAGAAAACCGGAGUCCACAAGGCUUUGCCAACGUCAUGAUUCCCCCUCGCCGCGUCUACAGGCCUCUAUCACGCUGCCAAGAGUGGCCGUCAUCCGUCGCCCUUGGCGCGUGGUGGAGACUCUCGGCCCGCUCGGCAAUCGUCAUGCGGCUCGGCGACGGCGACGCUGCACCACGGCCAAGGUCUCCGGCACUUGGCAAAGUUCCGACAGACCCGUUCUUGGCCGCUUGGGAGAAGACCAACGUAGGUUGCCCGCCCGCCCAGCCGCAAAAUCCCGCAGCGGUGUGA